CGAGAGUAUACAUGUACAGCAGUAUAACAAUAUUGCAGCGACUAUUCCAAUGCGCGGUAUUAGAAUAGGAUAGGAUGCUACCUCAUAUUAAUUUAUAUUACACCGUUCACUACUAGAAAUACAACUAGCAUGAUGAUAACAUCCCCCAUAUCAAGCUUUUAAGCUACAUACCAUUGACGCCGCCCCUCCAUCGAUCUUUUGGCACAAGCAUCCGCACAAAAAAAAAAAAAAAAAAAAAGAAAACACAGCAACAAAACACCCUCACCAUGUCGAAAUUCGGCGUCCUCGUCAUGGGCCCUGCAGGCGCCGGCAAAACGACCUUCUGCACCGCCCUAAUCCAACACCUCCAAACCACCCGUCGCAGCUGCUUCUACGUCAACCUCGACCCGGCCGCAGAAUCCUUUUCCUACGAACCAGACCUCGACAUCCGCGAACUAAUCACCCUCGAAGAUGUCAUGGAAGAACUAGGCCUAGGCCCCAACGGCGGCCUGAUGUACUGCUUCGAAUUCCUCCUCCAGAACCUUGAUUUUCUAACCGAGGCCCUCGACCCGCUCACUGACGAGUACCUGAUCAUCUUCGACAUGCCAGGCCAGAUCGAGCUGUAUACACAUGUCCCGCUGCUUCCGUCGUUAAUACAGCAUCUGUCCCGCGCAGGGCCGUUGAAUAUUUCGCUCUGUGCUGCGUAUCUACUGGAGAGUACCUUUGUUAUUGAUCGCGCCAAGUUCUUCGCAGGAGCAUUGAGCGCCAUGUCUGCCAUGAUCAUGCUGGAGAUGCCACAUGUAAAUAUCCUAAGUAAGAUGGAUCAGGUCAAAGGGAUGAUUGGAAAGAAGGAGUUGAAGCGCUUCACGGCUGUGGAUAUUCAAUUGCUAUAUGAGGAGAAUCAGGGAGGUGGUGGUGGGGAUGAAGCAGAGGCAGCUAGUGCAGCAGCGGAGGACCCCACAUCUACAAAUUCCCUGCUGAGUGGUGACUCGUUUAGGCGGCUUAAUCGGGCAGUUGGCCAGCUGCUUGACGACUUCAGCAUGGUGUCAUUUCUGAAGUUGGAUGUUCAGGACGAGGACAGCAUUGGUAGUGUGCUGAGCUAUAUCGAUGAUGCGAUCCAAUUCCACGAGGCGCAGGAACCCAGGGAGCCGGCUGAUGAGCGGGAGGUAGAUUUGGAGUAAUGGCACGACACAUGAUCGUGAAAAAAUUUCCGAACGGCAGAUCUUUAUAUACCCCUGCCAUUCCCCCCCCGUUUAUGGGAGUUUUUGAGGGACGCCCCCCUACAGUUUGACAGGCCAUCGAUGGCUGAAUUCGACGAACCAUCUACUGCUGAGGAGAGGAUUGGCAUUAUCUUGUGGGGACAACAUUUCCCAUUAUAUAAACUUAGCAAGGGGGACAAACGAGUGCCGGCAGCAGGAAGGCCCGGUUUAUGUCAAAAAUUAGCGGAUUGAGCUUGAAAAAAACAAAAGGCAAUCCGCACUAUGAAUAGUUAAUGAAUCCGAAAAAGACCAUGUAUAUAAUAACAUAAUAUGACCAUACUGAAUCAAUGAAAACCGGACUUUGCAGAGCUAGUCAAGAAGUCAAAUCCAACUUUCCAAUAGUAUUAAAAAUAAAUAUAUCCGGCGUGUGAAAGGCGUACGAGAAAGAGGCGAC